GAAACAGAAGGCUUGGGAGAGCAACGCCACCAACGGCAGAUAUCCGAGCUUGUGGCUUCGGUUCCUUUGAUAUUAAGGAAUUUCAAGUAAGGCGAACAGAUCCUGAUGUGCCAAAUAAUAAACUGUUGGAGAUCUUGUUGCUAGAAAAUUGAUAACAAAUUAGAAAGAAAGAGAUAAAAGAUAAACUGAAUAUGAAACAUGACUGAUGAUCGUAUAAUUGUAUAAAGAAAUUUGCUUUAUCAUUGUUUAUUACGUUGAUCAACGUUGGUAUAAGAAUACCGCGUCCAAAUGGCUUCAACGAAAAUUGAAUUCGCAGUACAUAUGACAUGCGAGAAAUGCGUUAAUGCAAUUUCUAAGAGUAUAGCAGAUCUGGAGGACAUCCGGAAUGUUGAUAUAUCGUUAGAACGUGGCACUAUUACUCUUGAAACAAACCUACCUUAUUCCAUCAUACAAGAAAGAAUCGAAAGAACUGGAAGACAGGCAGUGUUGAAGGGAUACGGAGAUGGAUCAAGUGCUGUGGUGAUGUUGGGUGGAAAUUCAGGAUACAGCAUAGGUAAUCUGAUCAGAGGGGUUAUAAGAUUUGCAGAAACUUCAGAGGGAUGUAUCAUAGAUGGUACAAUUGAUGGUUUGACUGCUGGUGAGCACGGUAUGCAUGUACAUGAAUGCGGUGAUAUAUCUAAUGGUUGUGAAAGCGUAGGCGAACAUUUUAAUCCAAAUAAUUCACCACACGGUAGCCCCGAAAAUGAUUUGUCCAAAAGGCAUGUUGGUGAUCUUGGCAAUGUUCUAGCUGACACUUCUGGCAGAGCUGCUUUUCGGAAGAUAGACAAGUUUCUUAAGAUAUCCGACGUCAUUGGCAGAUCUCUCAUUAUUACUAAGGAUCCAGAUGAUCUUGGAAGAGGUAAUAAUCCAGAGUCCAAGAUAAAUGGAAAUAGCGGAGCUAGAUUGGCUUGCGGUAUUAUAGCUAGAUCAUCCGGAUUGUUUCAAAAUACAAAGAAGAUUUGCGCAUGCGACGGCCUUACUAUAUGGGACGAGAGAGAUCGGGCGCUUACGAAUAACCAUGGUACAAAAACAAAUUUGUAACUAACAUGAAGACAGCGCGAUUAGUCUAACAAAAAAUGCAUUCCACGUUUAAGAUAACUUACGUUUAAAAAGAAAUAUAUUAUUUUAAAAAUAUUUUUAAAAAAUAUAUAGAUAUCUCUAGUCUCUGUAUAUAUGUACAGAUUUCUAUUAAAUUAAUUAUAUCAUAUGCUGCUUUAUGUACUUUAUCAUUGUUCUGUGUGUGUAUCUAACAUACACACUACCUCUCAAAAGUUUGGGACACCGUAAUUUUACACGAAACCAUAAUUCUUUACACAUAUAAUUAUGUU